UUUUUUUAAACCAUUAGCAAUAAAAAAUGGAGCUAUAAUUAAAAGUGAAAUAGAUUAACCAGCGUCAUGAAUUACUCUUGUUCGGAUGUUGUUGCCAGCAAUUAAAAAUGGAACGAUAAUUAAAACUGAAAUAGCGGGUGAAAUAGAUUAGCCAGUGUUGUGAAUCACUCUUGUUCGAAUGUUGUUGCGUUUUUCAGCGGUUGCGCUGUAAACCCGCGCGGUGCUGUCCAGUAUAAAUACCGUUCGGCGGAUACAGUUUUCUUCAUUCAGUGUAUCUACCUUACGGGCUGUCGGACGUUUUCAGCCUCAGUAGUUGUUGCAUCCGCUCUUUAGCACUCAUUUUGCUUGCGCUAAACUAGCUUAUUAGUACAUUCAACAACUCAAUAAACCUCACGCCAUGGCAAGAAAGGAAUCCGUAUUUUGGCUAUUUUGCACGUUGGCGUUAAUGAUGAGUGUGGUCUUAGUUGAUGCCCAGACCUUUUUUACGAAUGGACGUUAUGGGAAGCGGUCUGAAGUUCGUUCUCGAGUCGCUAGCCGUUCGGCUGAUGAAAGAUUCUUUGGAGGGCCCCGAUUUGGCCGCUCUGGUAAUGGCGGAAUCGUUCUUGGUAACAGUGAACUGGACGCCCGUAAUCCGGAAAGAUUUUUCAUCGGGAGUCGCUACGAAAUCGUUCCGUCCCCGCAGGUGGAUGAAUCGACUUCCAAUAGCCAAGAAAAGGAGACAUUUCUUGAAUGUAAUCCAAUAGGGAUUGAGCAGCUUUACCACUGCAUUGAAAGAAAAAAUGGAAACGUCAAAAAUCAAGAAGGAGCAUGAAAGCUAAACAGUGUUUUAUCCAAGCUUUGCUUAAAAGGAGAGAAAACAUCGUUAACUUUAUCUUGAUGACUCUUUAAAACGCUAGUUCAUAUAUUGUACUAUAAUAAACGUUGUACUACAUUGUGA